AUGAAUUAAACAUAGACCAAUUUAUCUUAAGUGAGAUAGAAAGAAAAAGUGUCUCUUAAUGAUGGAUUACCAAAAAUAGAUCCUAGAACAGUAAUUGAAGAACUUAAAAGUCAUUUGUAUUCAGAUGAUAAUUUUAAAAAGUGUUAAAAUAUUAUCGAAAUAGAUUGUUUUCUGAUGCAGAAGAUAAGAAAUAUAGAGAGAAUUUUUAACUAUUUGAUAGGGAUAGUGAUGAAAGAAUAAACUUUACAGAAUUAUAAGAACUUUUAACAUCUAUUGGUUAUGUUUAUGAUGAAUAAGAAUUAAGUGAAUUGUAUAAGGAAUUGGAAGAUUCAGAAGGAUAAGGUAUUAGAUCUGAUGCUUUGUUCAUUCUAGUAAGUAAAAAGAAGAGAGAAUAAGAUAGAGAAGAAUAAUUGAUUGAAGGUAAUAAUUUAAUUAUAAAAGAAUAGCUUUUAAAUCUGUAGAUUUAGAAAAUACAGGAUAUAUUUAGAGUGAACAUUUUAAAGAAUUGUUGAUGACUAUGGGAUAUAGAUUUACAGAAGAUGAAGCAGAUGAAUAUAUGAAAUUUAUUGAUCCUAAAAAUGAAGGCAAAUUCCUCUACAUUGAUAUUGUUAAGAAAAUACUUAAAUGA